UUGCGAUUUUCAGAUCGCCCAUCUGGAUGUUUCAAUUGUAAACAAGAAGGUCAUCGAUCUAGUGAUUGUCCUUUGCCUAAAAGUAAUGCCUGUUACAACUGUGGUGCAGAAGACCACAUCUCUCGCGAAUGUACAGUACCUCCCAGACUGCGAAGGAUUGAGAACGAUGAAGUGCCGAGAAAGCCUCCUUCUACCUUUGUUCCGAAGGAUGAGGACGUUGAGGUGUUGUUCAAGGAUCACAUAGAGCAAGGCGAAAUGUUUACUAAGUUAUUCGAAGCUGACGUAACGUUAACUGAAGGUGGAUUCCAUGGAAGAUCCGAAAAGGGCAAGCAGAUAAAAUCUUUUGAAGAAUUAGAGUUGACCGAGCAGUUAGCGGAGAAUGUCGUGAGUGCUGGAUACAAGCAUCCAACUCCUAUCCAACAAUAUGCUAUGCCUGCUAUUUUCAAGGGCCGUGAUAUUAUGGCUUGUGCUCAAACUGGCUCUGGUAAAACAGCUGCAUUCUUGUUGCCAGUCAUGACAGCUCUAAUGCGAACUGGAAACUUGAGUAAUGCUGCAGAAAGCACAUGCUGCCCAAGGUGUCUUAUCAUUGCACCUACUCGUGAGCUCGCUGUGCAAAUCUAUAACGAAGGACGAAAGUUUGCGUACAAAACGGUGAUACGCGUCGCAUGCUGUUAUGGAGGGACCGCUAUAAUGGCCCAGCGUCAGUCCAUCCGUGGCGCCACAAUACUUGUUGCUACAGUUGGACGUCUAAAGCAUUUCAUUUCUGAAGGUUAUAUUUCACUCCGAGAGAUCAAAUAUCUAGUUUUGGAUGAAGCCGACCGGAUGUUAGAGUUAGGAUUUGAAGCUUCGAUGAAUUUCAUUCUAAAUCAUCCAUCAUUGGCAGCAAAAGAAGAACGACAAACUUUCAUGUUCAGUGCAACUUUCCCACCUGAUGUGCAGGCAAUAGCGGCUCAGCAACUAAAGUCCGACUUUUUGAUGAUUGCAAUAGGAAAAAUUGGCGUUGCUAAUAAGUGUAUUACCCAGGAAAUUAUCGAAUGUACCUCUGUUGCUGACAAGAAAGAAAAAUUCUUCGAACUUUUGAACAUAGACCUCAAAAACUACGAAAUACAUAAAGGUAUGCCGUUUGAUAUUUUAAAUGAGAACUACUCGCUUUAG